UAGGCUUCAGUCAGUCGUGCGAGGAGCGGGACUCGCUAGGGUGGAAGGCUCGUUGCGACCGUUCUGGUCACCCUUGCCUCGGGACAGACUCCACCUGUUUAUCAUUCCGUCGCGUAAACCAACAAUAGACGCACCGUGUGAAACGCGAAACGUGGGCAGAAAUGUCGCCGACGUCGAUCAAGAGAAAGAAUCGCGGGCUGAUCGAACGAUACACGAGAUAAUCGUCGUUGAAAAGGGGUGGAUGGAGUGCCGGCAGCCUAACCAGUGAUUUCGGCGUGAUAAGCAGCUUAAUUGAUCAGAGCCGCUACACACCGCCUUGUACGUUUGGCCAUAGAGGGAGGAAAAAGGACGUUGGAAGGAAGCUGGGGGAGGGUUCGGCGGUCUGAUUGGAUUUGUGGUCGGGCCUGGAUUUAGCAUUAAGAAGGAUGGGUUGGACGCUCACCGUUCUUGGGGUGGCUUUAGCCAUUGUCGUCGUGGCUAGCGCCGCCCUGGCACUUUACAGGAGAAGGUAUUGCAUCAACUGGCAAUGGAGCGCUAGAAACAUUUGGAACAUCUGCGAGCAAUGGCGACAAAGGCUAUCGUGGUUAUGGGCGCCGCGAGAAGAAAAGGUUGGUUUAGUGAAAGCACAACAUCCAAUAGCCCAGACAAUUCCCGGUUUAUAUCGACAACCUGGAAAUGCAUCUCAACAUUUGCUUCACAGCGACAGCGACCUCAGACUCGACGCGCAAGGAGCUUUCACCAGAUUCGAACCGGUAGAUAGAGAUCUUCAUCCGCCUCUGGGCACUGCUACCGGCAGCACCAUACCACCGCAGCCUUUGAGACCAGCACCUCAACCAAGGCCAACUUCACGUCCAAGGCCAUCUCCGCUUCAAAGCUCCAGCACAGUAGACUACCUGAGAAUGCAGGAAGCUGGCCCGGUACCUCUGACACCGCCGCCAUCGUUGCAGAGAGCAUCGAUUCCUUCGAGGUCGAACGGUCCGUCGGUCUUUCUUUUUCAGAACGAGCCCAUGAAAAAUUAUGCAUUACAUCAAGCAUCGAACGACCACGGUUCGUUUAGAUUCGACGGUGAGAAACCGAACACCAUGACGAAUGAAAAUAUUCAGAUGACACCGUACGGCUCACAAAAUCACAUCGACGCAAGAUUGAGAUACGAAUUCGAGGAAGAACCGAGGAAAGAGCAGAAUAGGCACAAUCCUUACAGGCAAUUCGAUACCGGCCUCGAAUCGACAAGAAUUAGGUACGGUGUACAUGGUGUACCUAUAGCUACGCUAGAUGGGAAAGGGGACGAGGACAACAACACGAGCUACGGCAGUUACGACAUCGUCCAAAGGAAUCACAUAAUACGGCAACAUGUCCGGAAUGAUUCGAGAAGCUCGCCAAGCAGUUUCGAUAUGACGAAUUCUUCGAAUGCCGCCAGCCAGACUAUCAUGGGAUCGAUAUACGGAUCCGAGGAACUAUCCAAGAUGCUUCGCAGCACUCAGAGUCUCGGCAACGACCUCGAUCGUAAGAGCAACGAGAUGCAAAGCAUCGAGAUGACGCCCUUUACAAGUUCCAGCCUUCAGGACGAUAUCAGCCCGUGCUACCUGUUUCGCGAGAAUCAAGGGUUGCAAAAGGUCUCGCAAUAUAUUCAGAGCUUACCCGAUCUUCCUAUAUACGACUCGAUCAACGACCUCGGACACCACCGAGAUCAGGAUCGCAUACUCUACGAUGACACGAUUCAAACAUCGAUCAACGCGUUGAAGGUCAACAGUGAGGUAGCUUCCAGUCCGAUACCACCGCCACCCGCGCCACCUGACCCACCGAAAGAUGUGCCAAAGAAGAACGGCCAGACAACCGGCGAAAGAAUAUUCAACGCUCUCAGAUUGGUCACGUCUCACAGCUACAUCGACGCCUCGGAAUUUUACAACUCAGUCGUAUCCUCGGCACAACAAGUUCAACGUUUCACCUUCCCAUCGAGAUCUCCGUCGUUGGUGGUGGAGGAUAACUCCACUACUAGACUGCACGAUGAAGUUCAAGAUAUUUACGCGGAGAACGAUUCCGAUGUGAUAGGUCCUGACGGCUCUAGGCGUAGCUCCGAUCUUUACAGUCCUGAACUCAAUUUAGAGGCACAUAGAACUGCACAAGAGGUGUACAAUAGUUUACAAGAUCCACCGUCGUCGCCGUUGUUAGUUAAAGAUCACAGUCAAGAGGUUUACACGUAUAUGACUGACCCAAGCUUCACGAGAACCUCAGAGGAUAUUUUAAACAGUAUCGAGCAAAGAAAAAAAAGUAUGGAGAGAUUGAACGGUAUCCAUGAACUCAACGAACUCGAUGACGAUGACUCGUUAAGAAAACGAAACAGUCACGACUUUUUUGUCGCACUGGAGGAAGCGCAAUUGAAGCGAAAGUUCUCUCAGGCAUUUGUCACAAACUACACGAUGAACGAUUACAAUGACAUCAAUCCCGGAAGUCGUCGUGGACCUCAGGGCCCGGAUCCGGAGCCACCGCCGGAUGAAUCGAACCUAAAAAGGGCAAUAAGCUGCGAAAGUGUAUGCUCGGAUACCAGUGUAGUGUUAAACGAUCUCGAAGAAGCACCUAUCGUCGGUCAUGUGUGCGUCGGUGUCCAGUACGACAGAUGGGGUGGCCGAGGUGCUGAUAGCGAGGGUGAUCUCGCGGUCAGCGUUCUCGAAGCCAGAGAUCUCGUCACCUCGGAUGGACAACCUGCUCAAGAUACCUUUGCCAGAGUUUGUCUGUUACCGAAUAGACAAUUACACGUGAAAACCCGGCUGUAUAGAGGCAGUCCGUCGCCUAGUUAUCAAGAAAACUUUUUGUUCCCCCUGGACGAUGGUCCCACUGGAAGGACUCUUCUCGUUGAAGUAUUUUCUGACGAGACCAGUAUAGGUGAUGGAACAUCCCUCAUCGGAGAAGCUAGGUUACGUCUAGGACCCGCCUCAAGAGCACCUGCAACUACGUGGUUACCACUUCUGGGAUCAGCUUUGCCCACGCCAAGACUUGGAGAGUUGAUGUUCUCUUUGAGCUACUUGCAAACGGCUGAAAGACUCACCCUGGUGGUUGUUAAGGCUAGAAAUUUACAUGGUGUCAGUACCGUGCCCGGUGAUUUCUUCGUUAAGGUUUACUUGCUACAACAAGGCAAAAAGAUCCACAAGAAGAAGACGUCUGUGAAAAAGGGAGAAGAAAGUCCAAUCUUCAACGAGGCAAUUAUUUUUAACGUUCCCAGUCAUAUUCUGCAGAACAUACAGAUAAGGCUAACUGUGGCGGAAGUAAACAAUGAACAGGGUGUAAAUUCGAAGCCGUACUCCGUCGGACACGUUAUCGUGGGACCUACGUCAGCAGGACGAGCAUUCGUCCAUUGGCGACAAAUGUUGGCUGCUCAAAGACGCCCUGUCGCUAUGUGGCAUCCGCUCAGGAAAUGAAAGGAUCGCGUAGGAUGUUGCAAAGCGAAUAUAUAAUAGAACGAAAAUCUGCACGGAUUUAAAGUAUACUGGGAGAACGGUAGGAUUACGUAGACACGAUGUUGUAGUGAGUCAUCCUGAUAUUCGUCCGAGUUUUCAGCCGUUCACUUUUAAAAGGCAUUAGGUACUUUCCCAUGCUUCAACGAUUUUCUUUGGAAUUAGAGCAACAUUGCAAAUUACGAUAUAGAAAUUUCAAUCUUUCAAAUAGGAGAAUUCUGAUAAGCAUUUUCGAUUUUCGAGGUCUUCCUAUUUUUGAGAAUAUUUCCAUUCAAGAGAAAGAAGCUUGAGAAGGAAAUGAAGUUACGUUUUUUUAAAAUAGACCGUUCGAAACUGCGUGAUCUUUUAGAAUAACCCAAUAAUAUGCAGUAUUAAUUAAUAGUCUAUUUUCAUUAACAAAAAGAAUAUAGAAGAGAGAAACCUAGAUGAUUUUGUUGACCUCUGAAAGAAACGAUCACGUACAAUUCGUUGGAUUUAUUGUAUAUAAAUUCGUGAAUUUACAGGGUGCUGACAAACUUAAGGCCUCAAUGCGAAAGAUUUUUCUAUUCACGUUACGAUUACUUGUAAGUAUUUUACCGAAUGUCCAGCUUUCUCUCUUUAACCGUUCUCCUCUAUGCUCUAACGAGGAAGCAAACUCGUAAACGUGUGGCGACACGUUCCAAGCAGAAACAUGACAAUUCAACAAAAUCUACAAUUCAUCGUUUUCGAUUUGAUGGUAUAAAAUUCUCAAUGUCAAACUCGUAUCCUAUUGUACAUGUACUAAAUGGAUGUACAUGAUAUGUUGUUUCGUCUAAUGAUAAGAUUCGUAUUGACGGCUCCGUGAUGAAAGCUCACGCGAUUUGCUCCAACGUGAAUCACGACACAAGGUUACCGUUAAAAUGGAAGAUAAACAAGCAAAAUUGUAAGAAACGUGAGAAUGAAUCGGGAUGUAACACGGAGCUGAUAUCAAUCAUUUCAGACUGAUAUAUCGAUAUCAAAAGUCAUCGUCAAGCACAAAUCGCUGUAGGUUCUAAAUGGAUCCACAUCGUUCUCCAUACCGUGUGUCCCUCCACGAGGAAGGUUCGAACGAACUUUGUGACGAGACCGCUAGAUUCUCGCUACGAGGCUCAAAUAUUUGUAUCGAGAUAUCGUAUACGGCCGGCGAAUGUCAGAGCCAAGGAAUAUCCUUUUUGCCUUUGUGAAUUAAACAUCAAAUUGCAUAGGAAAUUAUGCACAAACCAACCCGUACGAAUUAGCGAUGGCAUUAAAAAAUGUGUUCUCCUCUUCUUUCUCAGUUUCUUUUCCUUUGCAAAGGAAUACACGUAUAAACCGAUACAUUUUAGAAAAGCUUAAUCGAACCUUCCUUACGUGUAUAAAGAAAUGUCCAUCGGAGACAUCUUCUGAAUGUAUUCCGUAUGUACCUAUGUUGAUAUUAGUUAGAAUACAGUUUGUUUCUUUUUCGAGAGAGAAAAAUUACCCUUUUCCACGUCGGAUAAUCAUCGUGUUCUUUAACGCCAGGAUUAUUUAUUAGUUUUUGUACGAUACUUGUAAAAAAAAAGAAAACAUGUUUUCUUUUCUUUUUUUUUUUUCGCGCCUCUAUUCUGGCGUAUCGUUGUAAUCUUGCUCGUUGUUCAUUGAAUGACUGGCUACAUAGUUACAGAGGAAUAAAAGAAAUUGAAGAAAAAAAAAAGAAAAAAAAGAGCAAGUAAAAGAAACAAGAAAUGUUGCGCCGCAAUUAAAAGAUUCAUUGCGACGUUGAAAAAUUUAUGAACGAUGGAAGCUCUGUUUCAGGGUUUUAUCAAGAUGUAAAUGUUGUUGUUCCCAAUGAACUGUUAAUGUUUGUACAGAGUUUAUUAACGACGUACUCGACGUGCAGAGCAUUCUUUUCCAAACGUGGACGAUUGAUCGCAAUUCUUGAUUAUAUUCUUCUCUUCUCUAACGACCAACGAUCAUCCUUUUCAUAUUUCUUCUUCUUCUUCUUCUUCUUCUUCCUCUUCUUCUUCUUCUGUUCCUUCUUUCUUCUCGGAGAGUCUAUCCAUCUCUUUUUGUUAUUUCAUUUCGACGAUCAAAUGGUUAACCUGGAUUCCUUUCUCCUCUUUCCUGUUCGUGACAGUACUUGGCACAUGACCGAAUUACACCAUCUUCAAGCAAUGCUUGGUCGAUGCAAAUCUGUUGCCGGUUGUUUAUACGUACACGGUACAGUUCAUAGAAGAUAUCUUACGUCGACUUAAUCCUACAAAAUUUGCACCAUUACAAUUCCAUCGAACGUUCGAGGUUACGAUAAUACUCGAUUAUUCCUUGAUAUAAUUGGACGCGUUAUCAUUUGGUCGGAAUUAUUUGUGCGGAAUGUCAUUGAAAUUAGGAGAAGGUACGAAAACAAUUAUUCUUGUGAUUUGACAUGAAAAAUGCAUAUUUUAUUAAAAUAAUUUUCUUCGUCGUUAGUAUUAAUUGAUAUUAUCAUCGUGAUUGGAUGAUGCGUGCUGUUCGAAAUACAGAAGAAUGUUCAUGGAAAUCUUAAUUUAUAAUUAACGAUACGUUUAUAGAUCCGACAGAAAUGGAUAACCACGCGAUACUUCGACUAACGGGAUCGUUAACGCAAAUCGAACGAAUUAGAUAGCCUUUCGGACCUCAUAGUCUAUUCUAUACCUAUAAAUUUUGUACCUCUUCGUACACGAUAAAAUUUAACAAACCUAACUCUUCGUAUUACACGUACACAUUACUCAUACGCCACGUGUAUAUAUACAUAUACAACAUCUAUAUAUAUGUAUAGUUACAUUACGAGAGAAUUUUACACUCUAUAUUAUACAUUUUUUGUCAUAAAUUGCCGACUAUUUAAAUCCAUACUUAUGAACUUAUUCAGGAUAUUUUCUAUCGCUAACUUACUAUGGGACUAAUAUCGCUGAACUCUCAUUAACUCCAUAACUAUAUUUGUAAAUUAUCCAUCGUGAACGAUAUGUAUCUCUGCAUCGUUUCAUACAAAGUGGUCAGCGAGAACGAUUGUGAUUAAUUAUUACGUGCAUACCUCGAUCGAAACUUGAACGAUUUUUAAUGCCGAUGAAAUCAACUAUCAACAAUCGAUUCACGAAAUAUCGAGUAUUUCUUCAUUCUUCAAAAUUCAAAAAAUUGUACAAAAUCAAGAGAGAGUAUUCGCGGAUAAAGGGAAAUUUUAGAUCACAAGUUCGAUCCAGAUCCAGUCAAAUCAAUCGAUUCUUCUUUUCCUUCAAAUACACCUCGUAGAUAGCUCUUAAUGAAAAAAAAAGACGGAAGAGAAAAACGAGAAAGAAAAGAAUGGAAGAAAAUGACCCGAUGCGACGAAACUAAAUCAAUUGGAUCGUCCUCGCGUUCCACUUUGUACUCAUGAAACCGUACGUAGUACGUAUGUAUAAUCUGUAUACAUGUAAGUGAAAUUACCAUUCAAAACACUGUUGUAUAUCAGCACAAAACUGAUCUUUUAUUCUUAAUACCAACGUGGCGCACACGCGCCCGCACACACGCGUAAGUGGAAUUGUUCACGUACGUCUGUCUGCGUCCGUGUACGCAUAUGUUACGGAUACGUAUUACUAAGUUUUACUGUUAAAAACUGGAAUACAUUGAACGUAUGGCGCAGAACGAUGAGACAGGGAGAGAACAAUAUUGAAGGCAUUCAAUAGCUUGCUUCUCGUUUACCAGAAUUUAGUUUUGUCAGGGGCUAGCUAUAGACGAAAUUAAGAGAAACAGAGCGAACGAGAAUAAAAGAGAGCGAGCGUAGAGUUGGUGCGGAAGCGCGAGAGGGGUGGGGGGACAGAGAGAGAGAGAGAGAGAGAAGGAAAGAAAGGAGCAUGCAAGAGACAAGAGAAAAUGGAAGUGAGAGAACGUGAACAAACGAGAGAAUGUAAAGAGAACGCGAGGAAAGAAUAGCGUGAAAGAUAAGAUGAGAACGAACGAUCAUCGAAUAGGGAAAAGAAGGGAAAAAGGAGUGAUGAUGACAAUAAUAAUGCCAAUGCGAUUCGUACUGCAAACGAUACAGUUAACCACCUAAAUAAUAGAAUUCGUCGAUAUGCAUAUUUGUAUGUAUGUCUUAAAUAAGUUUUAUUGGUUAUAUUCAAAGAGUACUUUCUUAUACUCUUGCUUAAUUACGCGCGAGUUCAAUUCAAUAUUUUAUAUUGUUAAUCAGUUCUAUACACAGAAUGUUCUAUCUUGAAACAUUCUAUGUUUGUAUAAACGUUAUCAUUUAUUUUACCACACCGAUAUAAUAAUAUCUUCUCGUGGCACAGCUGUUUCACUCGUAUCUUACGUUCUUUAGGAUAUUCUUGAUUUAUAUUCUAGAUAUUGUAUCGUUAAUCACGUAUAAAAUUUUGAUUAAUCAGAAAAUCAGGAUUCGUGAGAAAAGGAAUUACGAUGCCUUAUAAUUUAGAAAUCGCGAUCAGAAUUGUAGGACGAAUCGCAACGCGUAGCCGUUGCAUGAGCGUAUAUGAUUCAUACAAAAAUACUAUAAAGUUUAAAUUGUUUUAUAUUUUUGUUACGCCUCUCUGUGAUAUAAUAAGGGCACAUUCACCUCACCCUGUAUAUGCAUUGGUCUUUGUAUCUUAUCGACUAAGGUGAAACUUUAUGAAGAACAAUCCUUGCCAAGCCCUUCCUAAUUACAUUUCGGAUUAUGCUCGUGCGUACCGUCGCCAGAUUCAAAAACCGAAUCAAAAACCGUGCAAAUUUAAACGAUUAUAAAAAUAUUCAAGCAAGUUGCUGACGCUAUCCUGCUUAAAUGAACUUAAGGGAAUUGUUAAAGCGUUUAUGUACUUCGACAGACGCUGCAUCGUUUAAAAUAACCAUAUAUGAAGUAUUGGUAAUGAUUUUCAACGAUCCAUACCAAUAAAUGUUUUAAUUUACUAAUAAUUUUAAUAAUUAUUGUUUUAUCGAUGUUAAGGAAAGAACAGUUACAAACAAAUUAAUUAAGAAUCUAAAGAGAAAUCUAUUUCUCGUGAUAAAGUUAAUUCUCCCCGUAUGUUGGAAAAAUCUUUUUAUUUGCUAUUAUUCAAUUUACAAUAGAAGAGUAAACAGAACGAAUGUAAACGAAAACUUAACAAAAUCAAUUCCGAUAAAGUAAUUUUGAUUUAUUCUGCCUACAAUUACUUGUUUCUAAACGAAAUCUAAAAAUAAAUUACUCAUAUAUCAUUAAAUAGUUCAAUUUGAUAGUGUAUGUAAUUUUGCUUUUCAGUUUUUACGAUCUCUUCAUGUUACAUUUAAAAGUACGAAAUAUUUAAAAGUAUAGAUUCAUUGAGCGGAAAAUGUAUAUGGAAAUUUGUAUAGAUUUAAAAUUAUUAAUUUUAAUAAUAGUAACAUAUCCCUUAAGGUAAGGUACGUUCGAGCUUGUGCUUGUGAAAGGUAUAACGUGUAUUGUUACACAUUACAUUAUGCUAUAUUAAUUAUAAACAAACGAAAAACAACCUUACGCUAAAAUCUGUGAAAAAAAUAUAUUACAAAUGAAAAGGUUAAUCACUAUACACAAUCGUGUAAUGUAACAAGUACACGGAAAAUCACGUACUAUUAACUAUACAUACAUGAUCAUUGUUAAUCAUGGUUGCGAUUCUAUUUACACGAUUCGUUUACUGAAUAAAUUCCAAACAAAUAUAUUUAAAGUAACAACUAA